CUACGCUGUGAAGUUGGAGCGGAAGUUUACCUGAGCUGCGCUUACAGAGCAGAUUUCAUUUAAAAGUUUGGACCGUAUAAUGAGUGGACAGACGGUCCCUGCGGACAUCUCUGGACACAUGUUGGACCUGGACGAAGACGAGGACUUGGAGGUCUUCACUAAGAACACCUCGCUGGCAGAGGGAAGCCCCAUGCCCAACUCCCCCAGCUCCAUGAUCAACCAGUACAGACUGGAGGAGGAGGAGGAGCAGCCGGAUGGUGGUGCCAAAGACAUCUUCAUCACCGUGGACAACCCAGAAAGCCAUAUCACUGCUGUAGAGACCUUCAUCAUGUACAGAGUUGUGACCAAGACCACACGGAGUGAGUUCGACUGCAGUGAGUUUGAGGUACGUCGGCGCUACCAGGACUUCCUGUGGCUCCGAAGCAGACUGGAGGAAAACUACCCAACACUAAUUGUUCACCCUCUUCCUGAGAAGUUUGUGGUGAAGGGCAUGGUGGAGCGCUUCAACGACGACUUCAUCGAGACCAGGAGGAGAGCUCUGCUCCGCUUUCUCAACAGGAUCAGCGAGCAUCCCAUCCUGUCCUACAGCCAGCACUUCAAAGUCUUCCUCACGGCACAGGAGUUGGCGUCUUACAAGAAGCAGGGACCAGGCUUCCUCAGCAGGAUGGGGGAGACCAUGAGGGCCAUGGCCAACUCUGUACGGGGCCUGAAGAGCCGGCCGGAGGAGUUCACCCAAAUACAGGACUACGUGGAGGACUUCAGCAACAAAAUCUGCGCUGUGGACAAAGUUACUCAGAGGAUCAUCAAGGAAGAGAGAGAGUACCUGGAUGAGCUAAAGCAGUACAGCCCGACCUACUCCCAGUGGGCCGAGUCAGAACAGGAACUAUCAGAGCCGCUGAAAGGGGUUUCCAGCUGUGUGGAGCGGUGCGGCAAGGAGACGGAGGAGCAGAUCCACCACCUGUCUGAAGUCCUGGUUCCGGCCCUGCACGAGUACGUGCUCUGUGCUGAGACCCUGAAGGCGGUGAUGAGACGGAGAGACAACAUCCAGGCGGAGUUUGAAAUGAAGAACGAAGCUCUGGUGUCCAGAAAAACUGACCAAGAAGUGCUGCAGGAGGAGGUGGAUGGUCUGGCAGACCGGGUGGAGCAAGCCAACAACGCCCUGCAUGGAGACUGGUCCCGCUGGAAGAGCAGCAUGAGAACUGACCUCAGAUCUGCCUUCCUCACUGCAGCAGAAAAGAACAUAGAGUACUAUGAGAAGUGUCUGGCUGUGUGGGAGUCAUUCCUGCUGUCUCAGAAAGGAGAGCCCAUCGAGCAGAGAAACGGGGGAAACAUCUCUUAAAGUCCGGAGCUGCCUCUUCUCCCUGAACCGCAUGAAUCCCACCCUGUGGUCUCUCCAGCAAACCCUCAGGAGGACGACUGAACCACUGUCCCACUAUGUAGAAGUACAUCUUGCAUGAAUUAAGAAACUUUUCUUUUGUCUGAUUUUCUUUUUCUUUAAGCGCAGAGGUUAAUCCAUCUCUCACCGUUCCAGUCAUGGGAACUCUUUAGUCAGAGGUGGCUCCACCUCCAAACUAACUGCUGGGAUUUGUUUAAAACAUGAACACAACACGGACCAAAGACCUAGCAUCUAUGAAACUUCCUGCAUAUCUUCAGACAGAACAUCCUAAAUUCAAGGAGCUAAUCUCUCCUGACCUACAACACGGUUUCUGAAGGGUUUGCGUUUAGUUCAGAGCAGAGACGGCGCCUCACCGGGUUCUCCAUUGCGCUGGUAAAAGUCCCAGUAUAAACAACACUGGGUUUAAUCUGUUCACACACAGAGAACUGGUUCUCACCAGAGAUGCAGUUCAUCCUCUGUUCCCCUUUAAAUAAAGUUCAGGUAACCAGACUGACCAGUUAAACUCUUCUGAUCAUGACUGGUUUGUGGCUCAGCAUUAAGGCCAGCUUAUCCUAGCCCUGCAGGGCUGUUUGUCAUCAGACAGACUGCCUUUAUACACCAACACAUCAAUGUUUGAUGGCUGAUGAAAGCGUCGUCCUCCACGUCUUCCAGCCCCCUCAUCAUUAUAACAAUGAUCAGAGAUGUUUCUGUUUGCCUUGGGCUAGAAGUAACUUCACUUACCUAGCUUCCCUUUCACCACGUAGGAUCAGAAUAAUCUGGAUAACACACAGCACCACUGAUCUGUUCCAAGUGACUUCAGAUCUGAAUGAUUCAUGAAAUUUGUCGUGUUAUUGUGUUUUUGAUUUCAAGUUUACAUGUCUGAAGAUGAGCUAUAUUUGAUGCAUUUUGCUGCUUAAUCUUUUUAUACUGCUUCUUUCUCUCCUUUGCAUUUCUUAUAUAACGUAUAAGAAAUAGUUGGAUGACAGAAUAAUAAUGAUUGUAAUAAUAAUAAUAAUAAAAGCAGGUUUCUCUA